UUAUUAUUUACCUAAUUUCUUUUGUUUGUUAUUUAUUAAAUACAUUUAUUUAUAUUCAUAUAUUUUAUUUUUUCUUGAUUAAAACAAAAUAAAAAUAAGUCAAUAUGAACGAUUCCUUGCAGCAACAGCAAGCAGUUCUAUUAUCAUAGUUCCACAGCAGCAUUCAAAUGCUACAGCACAACAUAAUAAUGAAGCAUCUAGGUCUCCACCUGCUCCACCUCCAUCCUAUUAUGAAAAUACAGCUUCAUCAAAUAACAUGCAUAAUCUACCAGGACAAAUAUAUUAUCAACCACCACCUCAGACUGCAACAUACCCACCUCCUCCUAUUCAGCAAUUAUCUGAACAACCAGCUAGUAGAAGUCGUGUUAUUGAAUUUUAUUCACCACAAGAUAAUCGAAAGCUUGCAAUUACAAGACGUUUAACUUCCUGUUUUUGUUGUGUAAUUAUUCUUGCUAUUAUUAUUGGCUUAAUAGCUGGAUUAACUAGACAGCGUCGCAAUAACAGAUACUGUGAAUGCCAAACAGACUCGGAUUGCGUUAGUUUAUAUGGUCCGGGAGUUUAUUGUUAUCAAAAUUGUGAUUGCGCUACCAGAUAUCUUUAAUGUACAUAAUAAAUUUCAACUGACAUAAUUAAAAAA